CAGGAAGAAAAAAAUCAGCCAUUUCUAAUGAAAGAAAAUGAUGAUAUUAGCAAGAUACUUGAACAAUUAGAAAGUUCUUCAACAUCAUCCAUACAAAAUAAAUUAACAAAAAAUAAAAGUAAAGAGGAAAAAAUAGCAAAAAGGAAACAAAUAUUAGAGAAAAACAGAAUUGCAGGUACAUAUCUCUACACACUUACUUGGAUUGCACAACAAAAGAUGAUAGAUAAAGAGAAAAUGUUAUCUUUAGAGAACAAGACAUUGACAGAGAUUGUUACUAGUCUUAAAACUGAAUUCUUUGCUUUGCGUGAAUUAUUACUAGCUCAUGAUAUAUGUGAAUGCCAAAAUAUACAGACCUUCUUUCAUAAUUCCUGCUCUAAUAUUUAAUGCGGAGUUAUCUCGAUAGAUAUAAGUGAAUGAUAUGAAACAAAUUUAUAUAAUGAUUUAUAUAUUAUAAAGGAAAAUAAGGUAAUUUAUAUUACUAUACUAUUCAACACUUUAAUCAUUGUUAUGAUUUCAUUUUUUUUUUUUUACAUGAUUGAGGGGUUAGUUUAAAUGGGAGGAAAAAAGGGGAAA